UCUCCUCUAUCCCGUCCCCCUCCUUCAUCUCCAAAUUCUCGACCGAUGCAAGCUACAGAUCCCAACCAGCAAAUACAAAGAGGGCCUUCGCCAUAUCAAAAUCCUCUUGGCCCUGGUGGUGCUCCCCUAAAUCAAAGACCCAUCGCUCCUUAUGGACCUCCUGGUGGUAUUAAUCCCCAAACGCGGCCUCCAAUGCCCGGUGUGAGUCCAUCGCCACCUUUACCUGCAGGUUAUCGCCCUCCUCAUGCUAAUAUUCCAUAUACCGGUGUACCUCCAGCUGGGCAGCCUGUCACUUCUCCUCAAUCAGGAAUAAGACCAACCGUUCCUCCAGGCUUCAGACCUGGAAAUUUACAACAAAACCCUUCAGGACGUCCUUUAUCAUAUCCAAAUCAAACUGCUAUGGGUCCUAACUAUCAAGUAAUGUCAGCAAAUUCUACAUCUCCUCCGCCUGUUGAAAAUCCUGAAUCUCCAAGUCAACGUUCUCAAACUCCGCCUUCGACAAGUCAUAAACCAAAACGUUUAUAUCCAAAGGAAAUCACUGAGGCAUAUACUGAUUCUAACGCGUACGGCAGUCAAUAUCAAACUUUUGCUCCUGCAGUAACACCUGGUGGCAUUGGACAACAGAUACAGCCACCAGCCAUUGAUCAGAAUGCGUACCAACAGCCUCAAUUCUUUACUCCAGCUGGUGAUCAGAAUUAUCAGACAGCAGCACCUUCGAUGACGCCCGCUCAAUAUUCUCAACAAUAUCCUCAACAAUAUUCUCAACAAUAUCCUCAACAAUAUACUCAACAAUAUACUCAACAUCCUUCAAUGAAUGCUUCAAUGGGUGGUUUGACGAAUCAAUUAAAUAAUAUGAAUCUCGGAGGUCAUUCACAGGUUCAAUUAAUUACCGUUAACUUGAUCGGUACUCUGCCAAAUGUCGUAGACUUGGAUGCACCACCACCACCUAUUAACCUACCACCUAAUUCAUCUGUCACUCAAUCGGACAAAGCAAAUUGCGAACCAUCUUAUAAACGAUGUACGGUCAACUGUGUUCCCGCUACUGCAAGUCUUCUCAGCAAGUCCCGAUUACCAUUUGGUCUUAUCAUUACCCCUUAUAGAAGCUUGAAAGAGGGUGAUGAUCCAAUCCCUGUGAUUACAGAUACCGUUAUUGCAAGAUGCCGAAGGUGCAGAACCUAUAUUAAUCCUUUUGUUACUUUCGCUGAAGGUGGACAAAAGUGGAGAUGUAAUUUAUGCUUCUUGCUAAAUGAAGUACCAUCACAAUUUGAUUGGGAUUUACAAACUAGUCAACAGGCAAAUCGAUGGAAACGAGCGGAACUGAACCACGCUGUUGUUGAAUUUGUAGCACCUACAGAGUAUAUGGUUCGACCACCUCAACCACCAGUUUAUUUAUUUGUGAUUGAUGUUUCAUUUCCUGCCAUACAAUCCGGUGCUGUUGCAACUGCUGCAAGGACUAUUUUGGAAUCACUAGAUCGAAUACCUAAUGAAGAAAAUCGUACAAAGAUCGGGUUCAUUACUGUGGAUACAUCUUUACACUUUUACAGUCUUAAUUCUAACUCAUCUGAACCUCAAAUGUUGGUUGUUUCUGAUCUUGAAGACGUAUUUCUGCCACAGCCCGAUGAUUUAUUAGUAAAUUUAACUGAAGCUCGUCCAGUGGUUGAAUCGUUGCUUAGUCGUCUUGGUGAUAUGUUCAAAGAUACACACACUGUUGGCAACGCUCUAGGGUCCGCCAUGCUGGCUGGCUUCAAAUUAAUUUCUUCGAUAGGUGGUAAGAUUAUAGUAUUACAAUCUAGUCUACCAAAUAUUGGUCCUGGGCAACUGAAAGCUCGAGAAGAUUCAAAAGCAUUGGGGACUCCAAAAGAAUCUGCUCUCUUACAAUCUGCAGAGCCUUUUUAUAAAAAAUUUGCUGUUGAUUGUUCUCGAUCUCAAGUUUCUGUCGAUAUGUUCUUACUUGGAUCACAGUAUUCUGACGUAGCGACAUUAAGUAGGUCAGAAGAUGCCCUUAAGUUUGCCCAUGAGUUUGCAGAAUUUUUGGCCAGUCCAAUUGCAUUGGAAGCAGUAAUGCGUGUUAGAGCUUCAAAAGGUUUACGUAUGACUUCAUUUUACGGCAAUUUCUUUGUUCGUCAAACGGAUUUGCUCGCUUUGCCGAAUGUUUCAAGGGAUCACUCUUAUGCCAUCGAAGUUAGUAUAGAAGAAAACAUAACGACACCAACUGUCUGUUUCCAAACUGCCCUUUUGCAUACAACUUGUUUUGGUGAAAGAAGGAUUCGUGUAUUGACACUGUCGUUGCCAGUAACAAAUAAUAUAACUGAACUUUAUUCUUCAGCUGAUCAAAUAGCUAUAUCGACACUAUUGGCAAAUAAAGCGGUGGAAAGGUCAUUAUCCUCUAAAUUGGAAGAUGCACGAGAUGCGUUAACAAAUAAGAUGAUUGAUAUUUUGGGAGUAUACAAAUCAUCCAUUACUGGGUCUCAAGGAGCUUCACCCCAAUUACAAAUUUGUGACAAUCUGAAAUUGUUACCUUUACUGGCACUUGGGCUGCUGAAACAU